AUGCAAGUAACUGUAAAUAAAAGUUCAGACUGUCAAAAUAGUGGUAUGCAAUCACAGUUUUGCAGUCAGAAAGGGAUUCUGGAAAACAUCGUCAAAAGGAGAUUCAUCUUAGCUCCUGCCUAUGAAAUAUAUGGUAACACCACCGGUUUGUUUGAUUUUGGGCCUACAGGUUCUGCAUUGAAAUCUGAGAUUGAAACCGUUUGGAAAAAUAUUUUUGUCAAGGAGGAUGAUCUUUUAGAAGUCCACUGUACCAAUCUAACACCUUGUGCGCCACUCGUAGCCAGCGGACAUGUUGACCGUUUUGAGGAUUUCAUUUUGUACGACACAGUUACCAAGAACUAUUACCGCGCAGAUAAAAUACUUGAAGAGUUGCUCCACAAAAUUAAGCCAAUGACUGAGUCAGUUCAGGAAGAUAUACGAAAGCUUUCUGGAUUUAAAGUCGCUGAAUUUGACGAACUAAUCAAAAAAUACAAGCUCAAAUCACCGGACGGAAACGACUUUUCAAACGCCAUGCCUUUUAAUUUGAUGUUCAAAACGAAUUUGGGUCCUUUGUCAGUUGACUCAAAUAACACAGCUUACUUACGGCCUGAAACCGCACAGGGAAUAUUGUGUAACUUCAAAAGACUACUUGAAUGCAACCGAGGUCAAUUGCCUUUCGGAGUUGCUCAAAUUGGAACUGCUUUUCGUAACGAAAUUUCGCCAAGAAAUGGGUUGUUGCGAGUUCGAGAAUUUGUCUUGGCUGAGAUCGAAUAUUUUUACGACCCUGAAGCAAGCGAGUUGUUGUCUCCAAUUCAAAAAGAAUACAUAGAAUCCGCUCCUGCAAUUAAGCUGCUGAGCGCUGACAGGCAAAAAACAAGUGAUCAAUCUGUUUCUUCAUCUGUAUCUGAAGCCUUAAAGAGCGGCAUCAUUAAAAACUCUUUGAUCGCAUACUACAUGGCAAAAACACAAACUUUUUUACUAAAAAUUGGUAUAAUCAACGAAUGUAUUCGUUGGAGACAACACAUGUCAACUGAAAUGGCGCAUUAUGCAAACGACUGUUGGGACGCAGAAAUUUUGACUUCGAGCGGUUGGAUUGAAGCAGUCGGAAUAGCAAAUAGAGGAGAUUUCGAUUUGAAACAGCAUUCUAGCCACACUAAUAGAGAUUUGACCGCCUUGAGAGUGUUGAAAAAACCAAGAGAGCAAGAAGUGCUUAAAUGUAUUCCCGUAAAACGAGAAAUUGCAAAACAGUACAAGGCAUUGACUCCCGUUAUUAUUGAAACGUUGCUCGAUACCAAAACCAUUAAUGAAUUGAAAACGUUAUACGACAAAAACGAAAGACUUUCCUUAACGUUACCCAACCAAGAUGUUGUUGAACUAAAUAAAGACAUGCUAUCGUUUACAACAGAAGUCGUUAGACUCACAGACGAGCUAUUUUUUCCAAAAAUAGUAGAACCGUCCUUUGGAUUAGGAAGAAUAAUGCAUUGUCUGCUCGAACACACAUUGAAAAAACGCGAAGAUGACAGGUAUUACUUCGACUUUCCAAUACUCGUUGCUCCUUACAAAUGUAUAUUAAUGGCGCUUAUAAACAAAGAAGAACUUGUUUCAAUAACUAGCAAGUUGAAAAUGCGAUUAGCGAAAGCAGGAAUAUUUUCAAAAGUCGACAACAGCAAUGCAAGUAUUGGUCGAAGAUAUAGCAGAGCAGACGAGAUUGGUAUACCAUAUACAAUAACCGUAGAUUUCGAGACACUUGAAGACAACAGCGUCACUCUCAGGCAUACAAGCUUGCUUAAACAAAUUAGAAUACCGAUUUCAGAAGUUGUUGACUUCGUCAAACGAAUAUUCAGUGAAGUUGAACAGUGGCCAGGCAAAUAUGAAUUUAUUUAA